CUGCGGAGCAAAGGACAGCAAAAGCAACCACAACAAGCCAACAGCAAGCAAGCAAGUAAGCAAGCAAGGAACAGGCAAUCAGCAUUGUCAUGGAAGGUGGAGGCGAGGAUGUGGUGACGGCUCAGCCAACAGCGGGGACGUCGGGGGAACCCUUGCCACCAGAAGGGUUCUUAGUCACCAUUCCAAAGUUUCAAGAGAAGAUUGACACCUCCGGGUCAUACAUGACAUAUGUCAUCACAAGCGAGUUUGGGCCCGACAAUGUCUUGAACAUCACAUCUGGUGAAUAUGCCGUGCAUCGAAGGUACAAUGAGUUCUCCCACCUGGUAUCAUAUCUGCGAGCGGCCCUGCCGUACGUGAUUGUACCGCCAAUCCCGGAGAAGAAGCUCAACUUCAAGUGGAAGCAGAUGGCCGUGGACGUCACGGAUGAGGUGUUUGUGGGCAAGCGACGCAUUGUGCUGGAGGAUUUUCUUCGCCGCUGCCUCGACCACCCGCUCAUCCGCAUGGACAAAGGCUUCCAGGCGUUUCUGCUGGAGCAGGACUGGAUGGAGGAUCUGAUGGUGGAAGGAUUUGAUGGCGAAAUGCACCCGUUCACGGGCGCCGAGUGGCUCUCAUCUCUUCGCGCAAUGACCGCCAGCCGCGCAACGGAACCGCAGCUGCUGGAGGUGAAACACUUCAAAGCACUCGGCGCCUCCACGUCCCAGCACGUCGGUGUUCUCCUCAACGCACACGCAGGUCUCGCGUACAAGGCACAGGCCCUCUCGGCCUUCUUCAAGGACUUUGCCGACGUGCUCACGGAGCUGUGUGAACUGAUGCCCAAGCUCGCCGCGCCCUUCAAGUCGGCCUCAGCCCGCAUCUCAAGGAUGGGCGAUGCCACGGUGUGGCGGCUGCAGCAGGAGGAGCGCGCGUUUGUCGACACGCUCGUCGCGUUCAUGGGAUACACAGACAGCAUCAGUGCGUUUGUGAAGAAUGAGGAGAUUGCAUUUGCAGCGAAAGUGCGAGCGCGAGAUGCACACGCGUCCAAAGUCGCCACGAUCACCGCCCUGGAGCGGCCAGACGAGGACAAGUCGCUGUCGGGGUUCUUCACGCGGCUGGCGACGACGGAGGCGUCCAAGGCGUCGAAGAUCGAGGCGCUGAAAUCAGAGGCCGAGCACCUCAAGCUCGUCGCAGAGACAGCAGAGCAGCAGCACAAGGAUUUCCUGCAAGAAGCGCUGAAGGAGAUGAAGCGGUUCAGUGCAACGAAACGCCAUGAGCUACUGUCCAUCUUCAAGGACUACGCACGCCUGCAAAAGGAGCACGCGCACCACAUUGCCAAGAUGUGGACGGACAUCAAGCAGGCCGUCUCCGCCCCACAACCAUGACACUUCUUUGCUUGUGUCUGUGUGUGUCUGUGUCUGUGUCUGUGUCUUUGUGUCUGUGUCUUUGUGUCUGUGUGUGUCGGUGUGUGUCGGUGUGUGUCUGUGUGUCUGUGUCUGUGUGUGUCAUUCCACGACCACCGCCCCAUCCCGCUGUUACUUGUGUGGAUAGUUUGCAACAGUUUCAAUAAAUUUC